UGGUUAGAAAACCUUUCUCUCUGACCGAGCUGAGAAUAUCCACAGAAAUGUGAUGAUAUUAUAAACCAAAAUGGUGAAAAAUAGUGCGUUUCCUUGGAGAAUUGGGCCCGGGCAUUGUGGGAGCUGGGGCAAAGGUUGGCCGAGAGUAGGAAGCAGGCGCGGGGUGAUGUGCGGGGUGCCUAAUUUCACUAAUUUCAACUAAAGACCAAAUCAGAUUUUUGAAUAUUUACCUACAAAUAUUUAGCUUUAGGUACUGCCUUUAGGAAGAUCUUAAGCUGACCUAAAGUAGGAAUCCAAGCAGUGCCGCUCAGUUUCACAGACACUGAGGACAGCCCCAGCCCGGGAGAGCAGCGGAGCCACCUCGGGCCGCCGAUAAAAACCAGGAACGAGCAAACGAGCCAACCCCUCCUCCGAGCAGCCCGUGGGCCGCUCCCGGAGCCGCCCCGGGGCGGGACCGGCUCCGCCGGCUGCGGGCGCGCAGGUGGGUCGGGGGCUCGGGCGGGUCCCCGAGGGGGGUGUCCCCCCAGGCAGUGUCCCCAGGGUGUCCCCAGGGUGUCCCCCCCGCCCCGGGCCGGGGUCGCACCGCGGGCGGCAGCGGCGAUUUCGGCAGCCCCGGCUCCCGCAGCGUUUCCCUCUCGGGGCUCGUCCUGCUGCGGCAAACACGGAGCUUUCCUGGUUUUCCAGAUAAAAUCCGGGCUUGCGGGAGGCGCUGUUCGCCGGUAGGUGAGGGGCCCUCAGUCAGGAAAAAAAAAAAAAAAACAAACCCAAAGCAGCCAAAAACCCGGAAAAAAAGCCAGGAGGAGAAGAUGGAGGAAGCAGAAGAGGAUGACAUGACGUGUGGAGACUUGGGAAACGGACUUGGGAGAAGACCGGGAGGUGUUUAUGAAGGGGAGAACUUACAAAAUUCCUAUUCAGUUAGAUCUAGGAAGGGAUCUGGAAAGACUUGUCAUUCCCCCUUGUCAGCAAAGGUAGCGGAAGAAAGCGAUGCUGCAGCUCUUCCUGCUCCGAAACGGAACAGCUUUUUCGAUGGAUCCCUCAAAAAGCCUGCCUGUAGUUCCACACGGCAGAAUAGCUGUGAAUCUAAUACUGAAGUGUCAAAUGGAGAACUAAAGCAACAACUUCGGGAAGCUCUGGAGGAACUUGAAAUUUUGAAAGUUGAGCUUGAAGCAUCUCAAAGACAGCUUGAAGGAAAAGAUGAAGCCCUGAGAAUCCUGCAGAGCAUGGCAGUAUUUGAUAAAGCCACGAGCCAUACAAAAGCAAUGCUUCAGAAAACUGAGGAAGAAAAGAGGACUCUAGAGAAGGAAAUAAGUAUUUUGCAGUGGGAAAUUGAAUUUGAUCAGGACAGAUUUAAAAACAUAGAGGACACCUGGACAGAAAAAUAUGACAGGAUAUACUGUGAAAAUGCAGCUCUUAAGGAAGCGUUGAAACUGAGGACAGAAGAAGUUAAAACACUUAAAGCUGAAAAUGCAAUCCUGAACCAGCAGUGCUUGGAACUCCUGGCAAUGCUAGAUGUGAAACAACAGAAAGUUUUUCAGGAGAACAUGUUGUUGAACAGAAGUGACAUCACUGAUUUUACAGGUCUUGAACUGGCAGUGCUGGGAGCCUGCACCUGCAGUCCUGCUGAGGGGCAGCCCUGUCCCUGUGCCAAGGUGGCAGCUCUCACUCGGAAGCAGCUCCUUCGUCUCAAGCAAGAGACGGAAGCUCUGAGGAAGAGUAAGGACGAAGCGUACAUCACGGCGGACGCCUUCAGAGUUGCGUUUGAGCAGCAGCUGAUGCAGAGGAAGGAGCAGGCCCUGAGGCUGGCAGAAGUGAUGACCGUGAAGAAGGAAAGCAGAUUUGCGAGCUGGAGGCGUCGCGCUGAUCCAGGUUUAGGAGCGCCUGCUUCACCCCGACGUCGCCUUCCCCUUCCCGCGCCGUUCCGCAGCCGACGCGCUUCUGUUUCCCGCAGAGCCUGCCAAGUUGGAGGCCAGCAGGAGCGGCCUGGGGCGGAGGCUGCGCGGGCUGCUGUCGCCGGACGGGGACCGCGGGAAGGUGCAGGGGCUGGACGGUGCCCAGGAGACCCUGAGGACGCUGGUGGAGCUGGUCAGUGCGCGGCUCGCCUGCCCUCGGCGCGGCGCGGGCCCCGCGCUGACCGCGGCCCGCUCUCCUUUCUCUUUGGCGCAGGUGAACGACAAGGAGGAGGCCCUGGCGCACCAGCGCAAGGUCAGCUACAUGCUGGCCCGGGCGGCGGACGGGGGGCACGCGGCCGGGCGGCGUUGGCUCGCAGCCCCGCGCCCCCCGGCCGGCCCCGGCCCUGCCCCGAGCCCUGCCAGGCCGCGCUCCUGGCCCCCGGCGCUCGCCUGAGCGGAAACGGCAAAACGGAGUUGGCAAGAUCGCGGAGAACGAGUGUUUUGUGACUGGUUUUUUUCGCAAAUGUUGCGAUGAAUAUUACAUGUGUAACGUUGGAAAGUUGUGCUGUAUUAAUGCUCUCAAGUAGUGUGUUGAAUGUAUUUUUAGGUUGUAACACAAUGUUAAAAUAGAAACUAUACUAUGUAAGAUACUUUUUAACUAGCUCAAGAAAGAGAUGGGAUAAUCAAGGAAUUCUUCGCACAAGGAUAACAAUUACAGAAACCCCUAAAUUUUCCAGAGGAGAGGAAUUUAUGGCUUUCCUUAUCAAUAGAAACGAAGUUCUUCAAGCCUGACUUAGACUCGAAGGCACCUGGGGAUAAACAGAAACUUGUUGACAAGUACCAGACGAAUUUCUUGUUUUAAAUAAAAUAUAUGCAUAAUCAUGAAGUGUUUUGUAUAUGCAACAGGCUGUUGCUUUUAAGGUGAUUCCUUUGUUCACAAGGCAUGCUUGUCGUGGUUUAAGGGCCCAAGAGCAACCGGACGUCAGGAAUUCUUUGCUUUUUAUUGUCUUGUGAUUGUCCUAACUCUACAUUUUUAUUACUCUAAUUGUAUCACUAUUUUUGUAACCAUUUUAUUAUUAUUAAACUUUAAAAAUUUUAAAAACCAA